AUGGAAAAGGCUGCUGUUAACGAAGACGGACUCGUCAUCCCGCUCAUCGACUUCUCCAAGUUCCUCGAGGGAGACGAGACCUUGAAGCUCGAGACGGCUAAGGCGAUCCUUCAUGGCUUCCAGACAGCCGGCUUCAUCUAUCUCAAGAACAUACCCAUCCAGCCUGACUUCCGCGAACAUGUCUUCAACACCUCAGCCAAGUUUUUCAAGCUCCCCAAGGAGAAGAAGCUCGAGGUUGGCUGGACCACGCCCGAGGCCAACCGUGGCUACUCGGCCCCCGGCCGCGAGAAGGUGACACAACUGACCGACCCCGCCGAGAUCGAGAAGAUCCGAUCAGCCGCCCCCGAUAUCAAGGAAAGCUUUGAGAUCGGCCGUGAAGAUGAGCCGGGCCACCCAAACCCAUGGCCGGCGGAAGAAGACGAGCUCGUCGGGUUCAAGAGCACCAUGACCAACUUCUUCGACGAGUGCAAGGCGCUGCACGUGGAAGUGAUGCGUGCCAUUGCCGUCGGCAUGGGCAUCGACGCCAACUACUUUGACAGCUUCGUCGACGUGGGCGAUAACACCCUGCGCCUGCUGCACUACCCGGCCGUGAAGAGCGAGGUGUUCAAGAUCAACCCGGGCCAGGUCCGCGCUGGCGAGCACACUGACUAUGGCUCCAUCACCCUGCUGUUCCAGGAUUCGCGUGGUGGUCUGCAGGUGAAGAGUCCCAAUGGACAGUUCAUCGAUGCAACACCGAUUGAGAACACGGUUGUCGUCAACGCUGGCGAUCUUCUGGCCAGAUGGAGCAACGAUACCAUCAAGAGCACCGUCCAUCGUGUUGUCGAGCCUCCCAAGACAGAUGAUGUUCACCCGCCCAGAUACAGCAUUGCGUACUUCUGUAACCCCAAUAACAAGAGUUACAUUGAGGCCAUCCCGGGCACGUACGCGGCCGAGUCGGAAAAGAAGUAUGAGGGCAUCCACAGUGGGCAGUACCUGGUGCAGAGGUUGGCUGCCACCUACUGA